AGUGAAUAUAUUCAUAUGAUUUGAACCUGAGAAAUUUUGUGUUUUUUGUACGUAAUGUGGGUUUGUUUUGGUCUGUCCAUGAGAUUUCGCAAUGACAUUGAAUUUGCUUUUGUCGAUAAAGGAAUUGCUUGUGCCUAUGCGCACUUAAAUGAAUGAGACAUUUAGCUUCGCUGUUCAAUUGCUGUGAAACUAUAUCCAUCAUCUGUUGUAAUUGCUGUUUGGACAUUGAAAUCGUAUAGGAUUGAUCAAUUAAGGGGAGUAUGGUAAAACCAAGAAAGAGAGUUCUUCGCAACACAAAGACAUGUAGCCUUCUCACGAUGCUUGUCCUCACAGGAAGUUUCUUUCUGGUAGAAAUUAUAGUUGGCUAUGUCACUAGUUCAGUUGCGCUUAUAGCUGACUCCUUUCACAUGCUGUCGGAUGUUAUCUCCCUUGUAGUUGGUUUCUUUGCCUUGCGGUAUUCCAGAAAGUCUGAUUACACUUAUCGCAACACAUUUGGCUGGCAAAGAGCAGAGGUCUUGGGUGCUCUCAUAAAUUCUGUUUUCUUGAUUGCACUUUGUUUUACGAUCUUUGUGGAAGCUCUAAAACGUAUAGUGAAAAUUGAGGAGAUCAGCAAUCCGCUUCUUAUCCUUAUUGUUGGUGGUAUUGGUCUAUUUGUAAAUGUGAUUGGCCUUUUUAUGUUUCAUGGCCAUGGUCAUGCCCAUGGUCAUGCCCAUGGUCAUGCCCAUGGUGGAACAUCAGGCCAUUCUCAUGGUCAUGGAGGAACAUUGGAUCAUGUCCAUUACCAUGGAGAUACUAAAAGCCAUGGUGAAACAAGCAAUGUUGAUGGUGCUACAGUCUCCCAAAAUGAAGAGGUGAUAUUUGACAACAAAGCAACUGUUGAAAACAAUGACCUCGAUCAUAGUAGUGAAGAUGAAUUCGGUAAUUCAUUCUUGAAGGAUGCCAAGGAAAUGCAAAAGUUUGCAACAGUGGUCGUUCAGGAGGCUUCCUUCGAUGCUCCAGACAACACACCCUUGGAUCCGGAAAGACAUGCGCUGAACGAAAGUCAGGUGACCAUGAGUGCACAAAUGAACAUGCGGGCGGUGUACCUGCACGUGCUCGGGGACGCCAUUGGUUCAGUCAUCGUCAUUGCGAGUGCUUUGUGUAUCAAAUUUGGAAAGGGAGAUUGGACCCUAUACGUUGAUCCUGUCUUGAGUUUGGUGAUGGUUGUGAUCAUCAUGAGGUCUUCACUGCCGCUGCUAAAGGAGUCCGCGUUGAUCUUGAUGCAGACGGUUCCCACUCACAUCAAGAUUCAAGAAAUACAGGAAAGGUUGCUCGAACAGGUUGAAGGUGUUUUAGACUUACACGAAUUUCAUGUUUGGCAACUUGCUGGAGAUAAAAUUAUCGCUUCCGCACACAUUAAAUGUCGUUCGAAGGACGACUACAUGGCUUUAGCGAACAAAGUGAAGACUUUUUUUCAUAACGAAGGAAUUCAUUCGACAACUAUCCAGCCCGAAUUUGUCGAUGAUCCCUUAGCUCAAAAUAUCGAACUUGAGGAGUGUAUCCUGGACUGUGGCGAUGACGUACAGAACGACUGUAGUACACAGCGAUGUUGUCAAGAUGAUGUUAAACAACGAAAAAGGGCCUCGUUCAAGGAAAUGUCAAAAGAUAACGAAAAGGAUGCCGAAAAACAUAUACUUAAGAACAACUCGAGUCAUGAAACUUUUCAUGACGGACAAACUAGCAAUUCUUGAACUGCCGAACUCAGUUGAUGAAUAAAUUCAGCUUGGUUGAUUGCAUUUGUCCUGGAAAUUGUGACGCUCCGUCGAAGAUUUUCACCCCAAGUUUUUCGCAGUUUAUAAUAUCACUUGUUUUGAUGAUAUAUUCGUGUUCAAACUAAUGGGUUUGAAAUCGUUUGUUUUUGUAAGAAAAACCUCUAAAAGAACGUUGUCUUCAAAAAUCCAGGAAAGGGUGAAUAUCUUCGGCUCAUUGUAUUCUUUGGACAAAUGCAGACGGCUUUCAUAACAAUCGACUCAUGCAAGGUAUUGUUUUCUUAUUAUUUGGGAAUUUGAGAAUCUCGUGUUCAUUAUGAUUAGCCGAUCUAAAACUGCUCAUUGGACAUACAAAUCUAAGGUUUUGUUGGGACGCAUCGAGUCCAACAGCAUAGAAUAAAUGGAGAAACUGGAAUCUAUACAGUAAACCACGAAUCCAAAAACCUCUUUCAUUACUUUACAUGGGUCGAUAGUUCUUUAUUGAGCCUUUCUCACACGACAAAAACUAACCCGGGUUCAACCCUGGUUAAUUUUUUUGCGUGUAAACACCAGUAACAAAGGUUUAACCUGGGUUAAAUUUAACCCACAUCAAAAGUUGGGUUGAGUUUAACCUAGGUUAAACCUUGGUUAGGGGUGUUUACGCGCAAAAAAAUAAACCUGGGUAAAACCCGGAUCAAUUCUAACCUGGGUUAAACCCGGGUUAGUUUAUGUCUUGUGAAUAGGAUUUUGAUCACCAGGGUUGACAUAACAUGCAUUAAUUAAUAAUUGUAUUAAAAUUCAUUACUAGUGGCGGGGGUAAAUUUUGGUAAAAAUACGUACACUUAUAUACUUGCUAGGUAGUCUUGCAAAUUAUUUUUAUAAUUUAUACAAAAGCAUUCUCAUUCGAACUGUGCGUUUCGAACUUUCGCAUUUUUUGCUGUUUAGGUGUCACUUUUAGCUUUGUCGUGGUUGUUUUAACGAUUACGCAAUAAGGCUGGCACUUAGUUGCUUGAAGAUUGUCUUACGACUAUAAAAUUGUCUAGGAUGUGAUUGUCGAUUUUCUGUACUUUCAUUACAUCUUUUAGUUCUGGUCGUUAACGUAUUUAAUACAUUUAUAUAAAUUAUGGAAAAAUAGUUCAUUUUGAUACAAGAAAUAUAUUGUUGAAAUACAUGCAAA